AUGGGCUGGGUUCAAAAUUUCAAUCACUCGGUCGCAAAAUCUCCCGUUGGUCGGUGGUUCCGUCUCGAUGGCUCCGGACAUCCCAAAACCCGCACCGGAAGCUACUUCUUCACUGAGAUGAGGGCUGGAUUAGCGACCUUCUUCGCCAUGGCGUAUAUCAUUGCAGUCAACUCAUCCAUCACUUCGCAAACCGGCGGAACUUGUGAAUGCCCUGCUGAUCAGAUGACCGACCUGUGCGAUAGCUACGAACCGUACCUCCUUUGUGUUCAGGAAAUCAACCGCGACCUGGUUACUGCGACUGCCGCCAUCUCAGCUCUGACCUCCUUCUGCAUGGGUCUCUUUGCCAAUAUGCCAAUCGGUCUAGCCCCCGGAAUGGGCUUGAAUGCGUACUUUACGUAUACCGUCGUUGGCUACCACGGAUCAGGCAUGGUGCCGUAUCAGGUUGCACUUACCGCUGUUUUCAUGGAAGGCUUCAUUUUUGUCGGUCUGACCCUUUUGGGUAUCCGACAGUGGCUUGCAAGGGCGAUUCCAGCUUCGAUCAAACUCGCGACUGGUGUGGGCAUCGGCCUAUACCUUACGAUCAUUGGUUUGAGCUACUCUGCCGGUAUUGGAGUCAUCACUGGCGCCAAAUCGACGCCCCUCGAACUCGCUGGGUGCGUCAACACGCCUGACCAGUUCGAUGCUGACGGUAUUGCCUGCCUCGGUUCCUACAAGAUGCGCAACCCGGCAAUGUGGAUUGGAAUUUUCUGCGGUGGCUUUGUAACCGUCAUGCUGAUGAUGUAUCGCGUCAAGGGUGCCAUCAUUGCCGGUAUCCUGCUCGUCUCGAUCAUCUCCUGGCCCCGCUCGACUUCGGUUACUUACUUCCCGCAUACCACGCUUGGAGACUCUUCCUUCGACUUCUUCAAGCAAGUUGUCACCUUCCGUCCCAUCAAACACAUCCUAGGUGCUCAACAAUGGGAUAUUUCCGGGCACGGCGGACAGUUCGCCCUGGCUUUCAUCUCCUUCCUCUACGUUGACAUUCUGGACUGCACUGGUACUCUGUACUCCAUGGCCCGAUUCGCCGGCUUGAUCGAUGAGCGCACGCAGGAUUUCGAAGGCAGUUCUAUUGCGUACACGGUUGACGCGCUCGGCAUCUCGAUUGGCAGUCUGUUCGGCUCUCCUCCAGUGACCGCUUUCAUUGAAAGUGGUGCUGGUAUCUCUGAGGGAGGUAAGACAGGGCUGACUGCCAUGAUGACCGGAUUCUGCUUCUUCAUCUCCGUCUUUUUUGCGCCCAUCUUCGCUUCCAUCCCUCCAUGGGCAACUGGUUGCACGCUGGUCAUUGUCGGAUGCCUCAUGGCCUCCGCCGCAAAGGACAUCAACUGGCGCUACAUGGGCGAUGCCAUUCCGGCAUUCCUCACCAUCACCAUCAUGCCUUUCACCUACUCGAUCGCUUACGGUAUGAUUGCGGGUAUCCUCUCAUAUACCAUCAUCAACGGCCUUGUGUGGGUCAUCGAGAAGGCCUCUGGUGGCCGCAUCGUCCCCGAGCACAAGGAGGAGAAGGACGCAUGGACUUACAAGAUCCCUGGCGGCUUCCUACCGCCGUGGGUCAACCGUAUCCGUAGCGGAAAGAAGGACUUCUGGAGGAGCGAUGACGAGACGGCCGGUGUGCCUACUGGCACUGGCGUGGUCAGUGAGCGCAAGAGUGAGACUAGUGAUGUUCCCGUGGACAACGAGAAGGGCCCGAAGGUGGCUUAA